CUUGAUGAAUGAAUGACGGGUUCCAGAUGUUUUCGACAAAUAACGUGAAAAUCAAGGUAUUUUUGCAGUCUAUCAUAUAGAUAUCGUGACAUACUUUCUCAAGGCUAGCUGCUUAUAUUCCUCUUACACAUGUGAACGUGAUUGAAGCAGCACACUAACCACUGCAUAUUGAGAAAUGUAGAAGUCGUCUUAAUGGCACUGAACUCGUUAAUUACUAGCUACAACAUGGUGAAGGCUGGUAUUCUUCACAAUGUACUGUUUAAACGCUCAGAUGAUGGACCCCUUGGAACAACCACCAUGCCAGAUGGAUCCCAUAGUAGCACUACAACUCUAAGAUUUGGAUCAAGUCAUGAGGAGGACAUUGUUAUACAUGGUAACUAUAGUUACCCGUUUGCUUUUUGGAACCUCCCAUUCUUCCCAUAUAUUGUAUGUGGGGCGGUGGUGGCAUUGGUUCUCAUUGUGGUGCUGAUAGUGGUUCUAUGUUAUUUCUGCCAUAAGAAGAAAGGAGACAGUGAUAUUUCGAGAGAUGGACAACAAAUCUGUGUCUACCCAGUUGCAAAAUUGAACUUGAAGAAUGAGAUGUAUAUUCAGCCAGAGGCUGGGAAUGUAUACCUUCACCAGACCUCAGGGCCACUACCAUUACAACCUGUCACAUUCAUAAAGGCCAGGGGACUCCUAGAGAGACGCGGUUCAACAGCCUCAUUGACUAUAGAUUUGCCAGGAAUGUCUCCAGUCAAAGUUCCCAACCCGAAUCCAACUCCAAAAGAAAGUCAUGCAGAGGAGUUUUUGCUGUCUGCCGGGAAUCGAAUGAGUCGUAAACAACUUAGGAAUGCAUUGAAAGACGUCAAAGCUUUACAUGAAGAAUUCUGGGCUAUACCCAUGAACCAUCCAGACUCUCAGAAGGUUGCUAUAGCAGGAUCUGGGAUGAAGAAUAGAUACAGAACUAUUUUGCCAAACGAAUCUACAAGAGUCCAUCUAGAGGCGAAUGAUGAUGAUGAUCCACUUUCGACAUAUAUAAAUGCCAACUACAUACGGGGCUAUAGUGCCGACCCUAAGGUGUAUAUUGCCACACAAGGAGUACUGCCUAAUACCAUAGUAGACUUCUGGAACAUGAUAUGGCAACAAGAUGCACCUAUCAUUGUCAGCAUCACUAAGCUUCAAGAGAAAAAUAAGGUUAAGUGUGAGAACUAUAUCCCUAACAAGACAGAGACGUAUGGGAACAUCACUGUGACAGUUGAGAGUCUCAGGGAGAAGGAAGGCUACCAGAUAAGGCAAAUUACGCUACAAUGUAAGGAUGUCUCCAAGAGCUGUCUUCAUUUCUGGUACACAGCAUGGCCAGAUCAUAAGACCCCUGAAACUGCUAAACAACUGCUAAACCUGGUUCAGGAGGUGGAGCUUAGACGACUGGAACGACUGGAGGAUGGUAUGAAACCAGGCCCUGUUGUGGUCCACUGCAGUGCUGGUAUAGGACGUACAGGUUGUUUCAUAGCCACUAGUAUAGGGAUGACGCAACUACAGCAAGAGUACAUGGUAGAUAUACUGGGCAUUGUUUGUGCAAUGAGGAUGGACAGGGGUGGUAUGAUCCAGACCAAUGAACAGUACGAGUUUGUACACCACGCUCUUUGUCUGUUUGAAAAAGAUCUCCCCGAAUCAGCCAGUCCUCAUGAUUGACACCUGUCGAUUUAGGCUAAUUCAACUUAGCUGAAAUAGAUCUCAAGUUUUCGUUUGUUACUUCAAGAUAUGCAAAUGCAGGAGACCUCAUCUAAUAGAUAAUCCGAUAAUCCUCAAACGUCACAGCUAUACUGUGUGAUGAUGCCAAAAGAACAACAACAUUUCUCCUUUAAGCAGAAACCUGAAUUUUACACAUUGCAUGCGAAUGGACCAGUCAGUCAGUGACUUAAAGUUUGAAUUCGAUUGAACUGUCUGGCAUAAAUGAAUUAUAUUCUAGUCAGACAAAACUUGGGUACAAUAUAUAGAGAUAAACAUAUUAAACAGAAUCUCUGAAAUGUUAAAUAUUGUAGAAUACAUUAAAAGAAAGAGUGAUGACACUGUCCAUUUAUCUAGUAUACAGAAUGUUUUAAAUAGUAGAUUGUAAUGUUGAAUGGUUUUAGUGUGUACGAGUAUUAUGUAAAUGAGCAGCUAAAUCUGGAAAAGAUUCAAUUUGAACAAGGGAACUGGGACCCUAAAUUAUAAAUAAACCAUAGAAAUGUAGACAACCAAUUGAUUGACAGAACAAUAGUAUAUACACCGGGCUUCUUUAGAUUAAAAGUAGGGCAGGGGGUGGAUUACAGGCUGUCAUCUCCCUAAAUUUUUCGUCAAUCUUCCCACUUCACACAUGAUUCAUGCAUAUCUUUACUUCUUCAAUACUUUCCCAAAAUAUGAUUCAACCUAGUAUCAUGGUUAAUUCACUAUUCUGAGACUGUUAUUUAAUUAGGGAUUCAUUCAAUUUUUAAUUAAGUUAAUAUUUUCCAAUUGGAUGUCUACAUUUCCAUGUUGUGUGUAUAUACAGUAUAUGACUAGUGCAAUAACAUGCGUCACAAAUGUAUAAAUAAUACAGAUUGUAUAUAUAUUUAUUUUUGCGAAUUGGAAGAUGUACAUUGUAUUAAUGUUGUAUAGUUAUUAAUAAUAUUAGUUAUACAGCCUGAAACUACACUGAAAUAUUGUAUAGGCUAGGACUUUUUAUUGUGAUUUUAAUGCAACACCAAAACACUUUCGCAAGGCCAUGCAAUAAAAUUUUCGUUGCAAUACCUAUCAAUAUAAAUCUUUUUAGCAUUAGACUUCUGACAAGAUAAAGACUAAAGAGGCCUUAUCAGUUCAUGAGUGUGAUGUCAUUAAACAUCGCCAUGGUGAUGUCAUUCCACAUAGUUUCAUUGUAUGCCCUUAGUAACAGUCAAUAUGAAUGAUGAAAUGUAAUGAUUACAAUAUUCAGAAUUUUGUUUUUGGGCUCUGUGUCAUUUUAGUUUCAUCAUAAUGUUGAAACAUUCAUAAUUUAUCAAAUGUACAAUAAGUUAAUGAAUAAUAAUGAAUUAGUUAAUUAUAUAAAUGUAUAUGUAAAGUUGGCUAAAU